AUGGUAGCUAUGGUGGCCUCGGCGUCUGGAUACGGCACUUUACGCCGAUUUCUAAGCGCCCCCGAUGGCCAGGAUGUAGAUAAUACCGGUGUUGUCCCGAGCGCCUCUGUCGCGGUCUCGUCAAAGCAGCGAGCGUCGAUAAAAUGGCUCUUGUCGAAGGCAUUCAACAACCGAGUACCAGAAAAUCUCCAGGAACCGUUCUACAGAGAUCAUGAAGAUCAAGAACACUUAAAGCCACCGAUAGUUGGCGGGCUGGCCAACGCGGAGCUGUACUGCCUCGCGUUGGCCAACAUGUACUCAGACCCCAACUACCACAGCCUCAACCACUGGAACAUACUACAGACCCUCACGAGGAAGGGCAUUCAAAUACCGGACCCCGCCGACUGCGCCCUCACAGAAACAGUACUCAUACAGACCAACCCCAUUAAAAUGAGCGCUCACCUGUGCGUCAUGGAGGCGGUGAUGUGUCUGUACGCGCGGGAGGUGGUGACCCUGGACCGCGUGUCGGCAGCGGCACAGAGGUUCGGCGUGCAGCAGUCGGUGGGGGGCAGCGGGGUGCCGCACGAGGACGGGCUGCUGGCAUGGAUCAAUGCUGCGUGCACCGCGCUCAAUAAGGCUGAGGAGAACUCUUCAAAUCACGUGCCUAUGGUGAAGAGCCUCCAAGAUCUAUGUGAUGGCACGUCCCUAGCCGCCUUGAUCUCGUUCUACUGCCCGGAGUCUUUGCCUCGCUCGUCGGUCCGCGUGGGUCGCAUGUCCUCCAUACAAGACUGCCUCCACAACCUCAUGCUGGUGAACGAGUUCUGCAGCACCAGCCUGCCGCAUAACGUGUUCCACAUGAUGCCAGAGGACGUCACUUAUAUGAGAGGAUCAAUGCGGCAGAACUUGAUAGCAAUGCUCGCGGAUCUCUUCAACAUGCUGGAAGUACACCCGGUCAAAUGUGUUAAAUAUCCUGGCAGCGCUGCGCGUGAGUGCAACUCGCUGGGUGUGCGGUGUCGCCGCGGGCUGCCGGCGCCCCCGCCCGCACCCAUCCCGCACCUGAGGGACGAGCCCCAACACCCACACCAACAAAACAAGCCCUUCGCAGUGUCCCGUUCCCCUCCGGGUCGCGUCCGUCCCGGCCGGUCCUCAUGUUCUACUCCAGAGCGUCGCAGCGUGAGUCCUCAGCGGGAGGAGUUCGUGGUUCACAGCCGGAGGGCCAUCACCACGCUGUCUGCUAUGGCCAGGAGGGACGAGGAUCAUGUAUUAUCGGAGCAAGCAGCAGCCGGGCGGCCGUCCAACUCACGGUGGAGAACUUCGGCGGCUCACAGGACAGGCUGCACUUCGCGGGGAGGAACCCCGAGAAGGAACUGGCCACCGUCAGGAAGAUAUCCGCGCCCGCCGGUUAUCAUAUCAUUUCCAGGUCCGUUAGAUCACAACCCGCCCCUCCGCUCGUCGCGGCAGGACAUCCGCGGCUCCAUCCAGUUCUUCCACGGAGACUACACCAACGGGCAGGACGAGCGAGCUAAGACGGAACGACAACACUCACAACCGAACGAACAGAACUACCAACCGAUCAGACGACAGCUGAGCAGCGACACCCUCACACACAACAAGAACAUGGCCUUCAACUACAAGGGGGGCGGAGAUGGGUUCUACUUGAACGAGAGGGACGCGCCCGAUGGAGACGCGUCAAAGACGACUUACACGGACGUCAAAGUUAGAAGUAAUGGCGAUCAGGCGGUGCCCCCCGCCGGCCGCAAGAUGUCCUCCAGUUCGCCGCCGCCCGCCACCACCACGUGGCAGCAGCACUUCAUGCAGCACGACCAUCACAACGGGGACGAUUUAUCGGACGAGGCGACGUCUCCCAGCGGCGGUGCUAUGGCGGCGCAGCUUAACAAUAUACGACUGAAACUAGAGGAGAAGAGACGGAGGAUAGAACAGGAGAAGAGGAGGAUGGAGGUGGCCGUCAACAGGCAGCGGCAACAAUUAGGACAACAGGCCUUCCUACAGGCUGUUACUAGGGAUACGUUUUUGCAAUACCAGUUGGCCUCCCUGGGUAAGGGCGCGCGCACACCGGCCGACGACGGGCCCGCUGACACGCAGCAGGAAAUGGUGGUGGACCCACCCAACCAAAGUGUUGACAAUGUAGCUUUGGAACAAUACCAGCAAUCAAUAGCGAAAAUGAACUCCAGCCUGCAGGAUAUACAGAGCGACAUUGCGCGCCUCGCCAGCCAGCAAACACAGCUACAGCAGCAGCAGCAACAGCAAGCCCAGCAGCAGCAGCAACAACACCAGCAGCAGCAACAACAACAGCAGCAACAACAAUUGCAACAGCAACUACAGCAGCAACAGCAGCAAUUACAACAACAACAGCAACAGCUGCUACAGCAACAGCAGCAAGCCAAGCAACUAUUUCAACAGCACCAACCGCCGCCGUCCCCAUUCCAACAACAUAUUCAGCAAAACAUUCCACAACUGCACAGCCAAUUCAGCUCACAGCACAAUGUGUCGCGGACGAUCAACAGCUUCGGCUCCACCCCGCACAUACCGAGGGACUUCUACCAGUCCACCCAGAUGAACAACCAGAUGGGGACACAGUUGGCCAACAUGUUGAACAACCAGUUGGGCAACCAGUCGCCGCAGACCUUUCAGUAUCAGUUUAGGGACAUAGACCAAGAAUUCGGAAGGCAACAGUUUUAUUUGCACGAUAGUCCGCCGCCGCCUCAGAGGCGGACGUGGGCGCAGCACGCCCAGAUGCAGCAGGAGAAUACGGAACUGAGAGGCUGGCAGCUUCAUCAGCAGAACAACCAGCAGUCUCAGUACCAGCAGCCCCCGGAGCCGGCCACACGCACCUGGAAGUCUCCGUCGCCUCAACCGCCACCGGUCGAGCGGACUUGGGCCCCGCAGGACACGUUCACGGUGCACUACAACACGGACAGAUACCAGAACGGCAUCGAAAGGGAGAACAAUCAUCUCAGCUACACGGUAGCUGGAGGACAGUUCGUCUCGCAGUCCCCUCCACCUGCGAGCCCACGUCGAGCUCGCACGCCCCAGAGACAAGGCUCGCUGCCCGAGGCGCGACGAACCGAGCCUGUGGCGCUGCAUCAGCUGCACGCUCACACCACACACUCCACACACGCGUCGCCGGCGCCCGUGCCCGCGCCGCCGCCCGACGACAUGGAGCCGCAGAACAUCUCCUUCAUCGGUAACGCCGAGGACGACGCGCUCCGCCAGGGCAUCAACAGACUGAACAUCUCCUCGGGUACGCGCACCUACCGCAUCCCCUCCCCGACCAGGCCGUCCCUCGGCAAGAACUCCUUCCAGCGACUCGAACGCGAGGAGCCCAGCGAAAAGGGCUUCUACAUAUCCUUCGACAACGAGCAGCCGAAACGGCCUAAACCCCCGCUGCGAGCGAAACGGGGUUCACCUCGGAAGGAACGGAACGAGUACCCCAGUCCGGAGAGGAGUCCUGAAGAAACGUGGAGUGAGCGGGUCUCGGAGAGGGUUGAGCGGGCGGCGGGGGUCGGUAGUGCGGCCGGCGGGGGAGGGGGAGGGGUCGCUGACGUCAUGGCGGGGGAGGCGAGGAGGCUGUCUCCCGUACGAGUGCCUAGCGCUGAACCCGCCGCGCUCGUUAUAGGAGAAAUGAACCCCGACCCUAAUUCUGCGGAGGAGAUGGAGCGAAAGAAAGAACGCAUCAUGCUGCUCUCCCUCCAACGACGGCAGCGGGCGGAUGAAGCGCGGGCGAGGGCUGAGGCUGCGGCGGCCGCGAGACGGGCACGGGACGAGGCCGAGGCCGAGAGGAAGGCGGCUCGGAAGGAGGAGCAGGCUCGACGGAGGGAGGCCAUCCUACAACAGUACAAGCUCAAGAAGGCUAUCGAGGAGGCCGAGCGGGAGGGUAAGGUGCUCGACAAGUCCGACCUGAUGGAGGUGAUGAAGCACGGCAGCGGCGCGGCGACGCCGGCCGGACCGCGGCUGCGCGGCAAACAAGCGGCACGAGCUCGGCCUAAGACUAUACACGUGGACAGCGGAGCGCUACAAGCCGCGGAGGGCAUGCUGGGCUCCAAACAACCGUCCUCAACAAACCUCACUGGCACUAUGAGACGUGACUACUACCGCGGCUCGCAGGACAACCUUGAAAGGGCAACUACUAUGUAUAGAGAGUCUCCAGUAGAGGACCGCGGCGCCAUGUCUCCGGGCAGCGCCUCAAGCGGUCCCCUCGGUCGCCGCGGCUCCUGCAAGACGUCACGAGAGCGUGUGAAUGAUGAACCACAGUCGACUCGUGGAAGGUCUAAAUAUUCCACUUACCAGAAUAACUUUAAGGCGGGGAGGAAAUCUAGCUCUCUUAUGAACUUGUGCGACUCGGGUCUCGGUCGUGCUACGCCCCCCCGGCGCGCGGCGUCCCCCGGCGGGCGUGCGCUCGGCUCGCCGGCCUCGGGGCCCGGCUCCCUGCCUGGAGCCCUACCCGGAGCCAUCGGCAAGAGGAGGCACCACGACGACGGCUCAGACGUGUCCUCCACACACUCCUCCAUCAUGGACUACUCGGGUCCUCGUCUGUACAAACAGCCGGCGACGAAGUCCAACCGCGGUAUAAUGUUGAACGCGGUGGAGUACUGCGUGUUCCCGGGGGCCGUGAACGCCGAGGCCAAGCGGCGAGUGUUGGAGGAGAUCGCCCGCAGUGAGAGCAAACACUUCCUGGUGCUGUUCAGAGACGCCGGCUGUCAGUUCAGGGCGCUCUACAGCUACUGCCCCGACACUGACACCGUCGCCAAGUUGUACGGCACGGGACCCAAACACGUCAACGACAGAAUGUUCGACAAGUUCUUCAAAUAUAAUUCCGGCAGUAAAUGCUUCUCCCAAGUCCACACGAAGCACCUGACCGUCACCAUAGAUGCCUUCACGAUACACAACUCGCUGUGGCAGGGCAAGAAGGUCCAGCUGCCGAGCAAGAAGGACAUGGCGCUCGUCAUCUAG